CGCGCCAUUUAAAAAAAACUUAUAAAGAACAUAACAUAUGAUGGUAAGUUACCGACUGAACACGGUUGAAGUGUCGAUAACAAAAAUUGAUGAAAUUACAUUUACCGAUCGAGUGAAUUUAAAAAAAGAAAUAGAAAAAGCAAAGAAUAUACAAGAAUAGUUUCGUAUUUUUAGAAAAAUAGUAACUAUUUAUUUGUACACGUAAACGGAGUAUUAUAAAAUGUAGUGCAGCUGGUAUUAACAAAAUCUGAAUUCAACAGACAGAUCAACAUUAUUUAUAAAUAUAUAUAUCAUAUUUAUAUUACUUAUAAUAUUAAUAAUAUUAGUAAAUGAUAACACGAAAAGCACAAUUAAUAAUAAACUGUAAAUAAUACUUUGCUAAGAACAAAUCGUGAGAUUAGGAAUAUAAUAUAAUAAUUUAUCUGUGGAUUUGUCCUUUUACAUAAUUUCAUUCAUAAUUCAUUAUUGAAUUUCAUUGAAAUUCAUUCAGAAUAUAUUUUUCAAAUGCAGAAUGAGACUAUAAAUUAUGAACACAUUGUACCAAAAUGUCGUCCUCCUAUAAGAAAUGUUAAAGAAUGUACAAAUAAAGUUGAAAAUAACGAUAAAAAUAAUAAUCAUAAUAUAAAGAAGAUACUUGUUACUUCAGAAACAUUUGUAUAUGAACAAAUAACUAAAAUGAGUGAUUCAAGUAAUAUUACCAAUAAUAAGAGCAUUGAAGAUACUCAAAAUAUUACAAAUAACGAUAUUUCUGAGGAAGAGACAGAUUCAAAAGAAGAUUUUGAUGUAACAGAUAACUCAUUGCUUAAUCGUUCUAGUUUUAAUAAUAUUGAGCAAAUAUCUACAUCAUCACCUAAUCCUAAAGAAAAAAAGCGAAGUUAUACAGAAGAUAAUAAAAAUAAUGGAGGGUCAUCAUCAUUUUUAUAUAUAUUUAUAUUUUCUAUGAUUAUAUGUAUAAUAGCAAUUUCAUAUUAUAAAUAUUCACCAAAUCAUAAUGAUCAAUUGACACCAAUUAAGAAACAAAAUUCAAACAAAGAUAUAAUACAAGAAUUUCGUAAAUCGGUGGACAGUGUCAAAUCAAAAUUUCACAAUCAAACUUCUAAAAUGUGGAUUGAAUUUCAAUCUCAGGUAGAAGAAGUUGUUGAUGAAAAGAGCAAAACUUCCAUUGUCCUUUUACUUGGUAAUGAAACCAACACGAUCAAAUGUUUUGCACAUUUGUUUGGAAGCUUAAGUAGCAAAGUAUUAGGCAGUAAUAAUUAUUUAUUGUUAAAUGCGAGAAACAUUGGUAAUGAUCAUGGAGAAAUUCUUACUAAAUGGAAACCAGAGAUUGUGAAAAAUAAAGUUGUGAUUAUUGAAGAUUUGCUAAGUUUGGAAACUGAGUCUAUUAAAUCAUUGCAUAAUUUAUGUGAUACAAAUAAUCCUUUGGUUUCAAAGUCUUUUUAUAUAAUUACUAUUAUAUCCAAUGGUUACGAAGGAUUACACACAAAUAAAUUUGUAGAAGGUAGACUCACUGACAAAUAUUCUAAGACAAUUGAUUUGGAUAUUUUAGAUCCUUUAAUAACACGAAUCACGGAUGGUCCAAUAAUAUCUAUUUUUCCUGAAUCAAACAUGAAAGAAAAACAUAACAUUAAAGAAUGUUCGUUUCUUUAAUUU